AUGCAACAUUUCAAAGCAAACAAUCAUAAUGAAGUCAUGGAACAAAAUGAUGUUGUCACCAUCGAUGAAGAAAAUUGCUUCGCAUUGGAAAUGAAUGAAUGCGAAGUAGACGAAUAUCGAUGCCAUGAUGAUUCAAAUUAUCCCACAUUAUAUCAAUGCUCAUGCUCGUCUAAAACGAUUUCUUUAAGUCGCAUUGAAGACACUUUGAACGAUUGUAUCGAGUACGAUGAUGUAGAUCAUCCAAAUAGCUGUUCGCUCAGUGAUAAACAUCGAAUAAGAUGCGAAGGACCAAAAGAGUGUUGGUCACCUAUACAAAAACAAGUCGUGUGUAAAGGAAAUGGUGAACAAAGUGCAGACAUUCGGCCAUUUGAAAGCUUUUGUGGUGGCAUCCAACACCAUCACUAUCAUGACUUGAACAGAAAAGUUCCGUCAACAUCAACAGUUCACGUGUAA